AGUAAGUGAGCAGUGGAGCUGGAAAACUUGGCAGAACUCUUUGUCUUUCCUACUUGUAUCUGUGGAAACUGGUUUGCAAGAUUGAUAUGAAGAUAAACAGCCUGGAUGAGGGAAGUAGUGGAGGACUUUCACCACAAGUGUGAAAAAUGAGCAGUCCCAACCUGGCCCGUGACGGAGGGUUAGCCCAGAUCAGUGGAGUCAUGCGUCACACAGCUCUAUCAUGCUGGCAGCCGUUCCUGGGUCUGGCUGUGCUGCUAAUCUUCACAGGCCCCACCAUGGGCUGCCCGGCCCGCUGUGAGUGCUCGGCACAGAACAAGUCUGUCAGCUGUCACCGAAGGCGUCUGAUGUCCAUCCCAGAGGGCAUUCCCAUUGAGACCAAAAUCUUGGACCUCAGCAAGAACAGACUGAAGAACGUAAACCCUGAGGAAUUCACAUCGUACCCUUUGCUGGAGGAGAUUGACCUCAGUGACAAUAUUGUCUCCAAUGUGGAGCCUGGAGCCUUUAACAAUCUCUUCAACUUGCGCUCCCUCCGGCUGAAAGGAAACCGUCUGAAGCUGGUCCCCCUUGGGGUAUUCACUGGGUUAUCAAACUUAACAAAGCUUGAUAUAAGUGAAAACAAGAUUGUCAUUUUGCUGGACUACAUGUUCCAAGAUCUGCAUAACCUUAAAUCCUUGGAGGUUGGGGACAAUGAUUUGGUGUAUAUAUCACACAGGGCCUUCAGUGGGCUGCUUAGCUUGGAGCAGCUCACCCUGGAGAGAUGCAACCUCACAGCCGUACCAACAGAAGCUCUUUCUCACCUCCACAACCUCAUCAGUCUGCGUUUGAAACAGCUCAACAUUAACGCUUUGCCGGCGUAUGCCUUUAAAAGACUGUUUCGCCUGAAAGACCUGCAGAUAGAGGCCUGGCCCCUCCUGGACAUGCUGCCUGCCAACAGUUUGUACGGUCUCAAUCUUACUUCUCUCUCCAUCACCAACACCAACCUGUCUGCUGUACCUUACUCUGCUUUUAAGCACCUGGUUUACCUGACACAUCUCAACCUCUCUUACAACCCCAUCAGCACCAUCGAAGCAGGCAUGCUGUCAGAUUUAGUGCGCCUGCAGGAGCUCCACAUGGUGGGGGCCCAGCUGCGCACCAUUGAACCACACGCUUUCCAAGGGCUCCGAUUCUUACGUGUGCUUAACGUGUCCCAAAACCUGCUAGAAACCCUAGAAGAGAAUGUAUUCCAUUCCUCCAAAAGCCUUGAGGUCCUCUGUAUUAACAACAACCCUCUGGCCUGUGACUGCCGUCUCCUUUGGAUUUUGCAGCGGCAGCCCACCUUGCAGUUCGGGGGUGAGCCGCCGAUGUGUGCUGGCCCAGACAGUGUAAGAGAGAGGUCAUUCAGAGACUUUCACAGCACAGCUCUUUCCUUUUACUUCACCUGCAAGAAACCCAAGAUACAAGACAAGAAGUUGCAGUACCUGGUGGUGGAGGAAGGCCAGACAGUGCAGUUGAUGUGCAAUGCUGACGGGGACCCACAGCCUACCAUCUCCUGGGUUACCCCACGUCGGAGGCUGAUCACAACUAAAUCAAAUGGUAGAGCCACAGUGCUGGGAGAUGGCACCCUGGAGAUCCGAUUUGCUCAAGACCAGGACACUGGGAUCUACGUCUGUAUUGCAAGUAACGCAGCUGGGAAUGACACCUAUUCGGCCUCCCUUAUGGUAAAGGGGUUUACUUCAGAUCGUUUCCUUUAUGCCAACAGGACCCCUAUGUAUAUGACAGACUCCAACGACACAAGUUCCAAUGGAACUAAUGCGAACAGCUACUCUCUGGACCUUAAGACAAUAUUGGUGUCCACAGCUAUGGGCUGUUUCACAUUCCUUGGAGUGGUUUUAUUUUGUUUCCUUCUUCUUUUUGUUUGGAGCCGAGGGAAAGGCAAACACAAAACCAGCAUUGACCUUGAAUAUGUCCCUCGCAAAAACAAUGGUGCUGUGGUUGAAGGGGAGGUUUCUGGACCACGACGGUUCAAUAUGAAAAUGAUUUGAUGGUAUUCUGCUAGCAGUGCUUUUUCUGUGGCAUUAAAAUCUAUUAAAACAGCCUGGCAUGUGGAAUCGCUGGGCAAAAGCAGCUUAAUGCAGCUGUCAGUGUAUCAAAAGGUUGUAGGAAAAUGGAAAGACUAUUUGUGGUUAUACAACAGAGCCUCCAGACCUUGAGGCAGAUGUGUCAGGGCCUUUCAUAGAACUGGGAAAUUGUACUAACUGUUUGCAUUGCAAAUAUUGGCAUUCUGGGGAUAUCAGCAAUGAACCACUGGCUCAUGCUCAUGGACAAUUGUUCAACAUUUUCUACUGCUACAAAAGAAAAAAGAAAAAAAACAAACAAAAACCUACAGUGUAGGAUUUACAUACUUAAAGAAAAAGACACAUUUGUCUAAAACAUACUCUACAGUGACAUUUGUAUCUAUAUAUCUCAUUUGGUAAAACUUUGCAUCCUCCCUUCUAGUUGGUUCAACACCACAAAAAAAUUAGUAGUUUUUUUUCUUUUUAAUCUACAUCUAUACUGUGUACAUUUUAAAGCAAUACAAAUGAGAGGUUGUGCUUUUAGAUAUCCACCAAUACUGACCCAAGUGUGAUGUCACCCUUCUUUUAACUACCAUCAAACUUAAAUUAGAUUCUUGUAGUUACUAAUUAGAAAUUACAUAAGGUAUUUUUCUCCUCAUGUAGAAGGCCAGAGCUGAAUAAUUGAGAGUAAAAACAAUCAACUCUGUCGAUCUUCUCUUCGUAUAAAUAUAAGGCAUGUGCCUAGUUUUGAUACAGAAUGGAAUAUUUUUUAUAUCUGUGAUAUCACACUGGACCAGUUUACUGUAACAUAGCCCUGGCUCUCACCCAGGGAAGGCAACCCACUAGUCAAUGCUGGCAUAGAGGAGUUGAGUUCUACCUUGAAGAGAGAGAAUCGGUUUUGUUAGCCCUGAUUUUAAUUUCAAAGCUACUGUUAAAAUGUUAAUGUGUACCGGGCAAAAUAAAGAGCAUAAUACAUUCUGCAGACUCCUUGGGAAA